AUGAGCUCCCCAAAAAGAAGAAUAGAAACUGAUGUCAUGAGGCUCUUGAUGAGUGACUACGAAGUUACCCUAGUCAACGAUAAUAGUAAGCUUCCUACUACACCCCCGCAACCAAGGGAGCUUUGCCCCCCCCUCCCCGAAUUCUACGUCCGGUUCAAGGGUCCCGAAGAGACUCCCUUCGCCGGUGGCAACUGGAAAGUGCACGUCGAGCUCCCCGACCAGUACCCCUACAAGAGCCCUUCGAUCGGUUUCGUGAACCGCAUAUUCCACCCCAACAUUGACGAGCUAAGCGGAAGCGUGUGUCUUGACGUCAUCAACCAGACAUGGUCUCCCAUGUUUGACAUGAUCAAUAUCUUUGAAGUUUUCCUACCGCAGCUCUUGCGCUACCCUAACCCUACCGACCCUUUAAACGGAGAGGCAGCGGCCUUGUUGAUGAGGGAACCGAGGCAGUAUGACAUCAAGGUUAAGGAGUACGUCAACAAAUACGCAACCAGGGAAGCCGCCGAUGCUGCCACAGACGAGUCCGAAAGCGAUGAUGACAUGUCAUCUGUGGGAUCGUUUGAUUCCGGAGAUGAGGAGCCUGCUGGUACAAUGGAGGUCUGA